AUGGCAUCAUCUCCAAAUCCUACUGAUCAGAACUUCAUUGUAGUGGAUUUCCACUACAAUGGUCAGUUUGCACCCAAUCCCUUAGUUUACUUUGAUCCCGACAGAGCAUCAGUGCGAGAUGUUGACUUCAGUGGGUUUGGGUCUUGGAAUUCAUACACUGGUGAACACGGUGAUUACAAGGAAUUUUUGGAUUUGGCGUAUGCUAAUGACAAGAGAAUGAAUGUAUAUGUGGAUCACCAUAAUGAACCUAUCUUCGACUGGAUUGAGGCUGAGGAAAGUGAAAGUGAAAACGAAGACUUAGAUGAAGAUGAGGAUUCAGUUAUUCAAGAUUCAUAUUCUGUUGAUCAUGAAGAAGAUGAUGCUACCUAUCCAUUUCCAGCAAACAAAACUGCACGUGAUAGAUUUUUAAACAUCCUUUGUGAACCUAUAGAGAGUGAAGAUCAAGAUGAUGAAUACGUGCCACCCCAGUACCCUGUGUAUGAUGAGAGACAGCCAUGGGAUCAGAUGAAACCAAUUAUAGGUAUGCGAUUUUGUAACCCUACUGAGCUUAAACAUAUGUUAAGCAAUUAUGCAGUUGCUAAUGGGUAUGAUCUAUGGUUUGAAAAAAAUGACUCUGAUAGAUUGUUAGUGAAAUGUUGCAAAAAGAAUAAGUCACCAUCUUGCCCUUUCAGACUAUGGGCCUCCUGGAUGGGUAAAGAAAAGACUUUUCAGAUCAAAUCUCUAGUGAAUGAACAUAAUUGUUGUAGGGUGUUUAAGUUUGGGUCAAUUGUAACUUAUAGAUGGAUAGGGAAACAUUUUAUGAGUCAAAUUAUAGAGAACCCAAAAAUGAGUGCAAGGAAGAUGAAAGCUAAAGUGUCAACAACAUUCAACAUAAAUGUGAGUGUGGGGCAAUGCAGAAAUGCAAAGAAAUUUGCAUUACAAGAGAUUGAAGGAAGUUUAAUUGAACAUUAUGGGAGAUUGUGGUCAUAUGGUGAGGAAAUUAUCAGGUCAAAUCCUGGGUCUACUGUGAGAUUGGAUGUAGACAUCAUGCCAGAUUCCACAACUUUGUUUUCUAAGUUUUAUGUGUGUUUCAAAGCUGUAAGGGAUGGUUGGUUAGAAGGGUGCAGGCCUGUAAUUGGGCUUGAUGGUUGCUUUUUAAAGGGUAUAGUUAGAGGAGAAGUUAUUUCAGCUGUUGGGAGAGAUGCAAACAACCACAUCUACCCUUUAGCAUGGGUUGUGGUAUGUGUUGAGAAUAAAGAAACAUGGAAGUGGUUCAUAGAUUUGCUUAUGGAUGACAUUAAUGGUGGUCUUGGUGCAGGCAUUACCCUUCUUUCUGAUGGACACAAGGGGUUAUUACAAGCAGUUAAGGAAAGAUGUCCAGAAGCUGAACAUAGACAAUGUGCUAGACACAUUCUGGCCAAUUUUAAUAAAAGGUUUACUGGUCAACAAUACAUAAAGUUAUUUUGGAGGGCUGUAAGGGCUAGUACUGUGGAGAAGUUCAGAGGUGUAAUGGAGAACAUCAAAUCUAUUGAUACUCAUGCUUAUGAUUACCUUAUAGACAGAGAUCCUACUACCUGGUCUAAGGCAUUCUUUCAAGAAGGAAGAGACUGUGAUGCAGUGGAGAAUGGGGUCAGUGAGAGUUUCAAUUCUGCUAUUAGGCAUGCUAGAAGGAGACCUAUAAUCACUAUGCUGGAGGAGAUUAGGUUAUUUGUGAUGGAAAGGAUAUACACUCAAAGAGUUGAAGGAAUGGAAUGGGAUUUGCUUAUAUGUCCAACUAUUAGGAAGCGUAUAGAAGAUCUGAAGGUUAAACAGAGAUUGUGGGGAGUUACUCCUUGUGGUUAUCAAAAGUAUGAGGUUAGAUUCACUGAUGUUGCAUAUGGAGUGGAUCUAAUUGCAAAGAAGUGUGCCUGUAGAAUAUGGCAACUUACAGGGAUACCAUGCUUACAUGGAGUGGCAGCAAUAUCUUACUUAAAUCAUGAUGCUGAGGCAUAUGUGUCCCAAUCAUACACUACUGAGGCUUACCUAAAAUGCUACAAAUAUAGCAUUAAUCCUCUCAAUAGUAGUGAAAUGUGGCCAGAUGUUCCAUACCAUAAGCCUUUGCCUCCCAAAAGAAGAAGAUUACCUGUACCAAGUUCAUCCAGGGGCAGUGGAGCAGACCCAAGUUUAUCCAGGGGCAAUGAAGGACCACCACCUCCUCCACCACCACCUGCAGCCCCCAUGCCAAGAAGAAGGGUCCCAGUUAGUAGAAGUGGAAGGAGGAAAUAUUCUGAACGGAUUAUCAAACAAGCAUUAAGGAGGCAGAUACCUGGGGUUGGGAGCAAUGCAGAUAACCCUUCAGUUAUUGAUUAA